AUGGAGGAGGAGAAAGCGGAGGCAGAGCUGAUGGAGAAUUAUGCUGCCACUCAGCUAUUGUCAGCACAGAUGUUCACAAGCCAUGUUUCCAGGUCUGUGUCUCCCACUACGACAUCUCAGAUACAAGCCAGGAAGAAGAGGAGAGGGAUCAUUGAGAAGCGGCGCCGUGACCGUAUCAACAGCAGCCUCUCCGAACUGCGGCGCCUGGUGCCCACCGCCUUCGAGAAGCAGGGGUCUUCCAAGCUGGAGAAAGCAGAAAUUCUACAAAUGACAGUAGAUCACUUAAAAAUGCUUCACGCCACUGGAGGAACAGGCUUCUUAGAUGCUCGGGCUCUGGCCGUCGAUUACAGGAGUAUUGGCUUCCGUGAAUGUCUCACUGAAGUUGUCAGGUACCUGGGCAUUCUCGAGGGCCAAAAUGCCGCUGACCCUAUCCGGCUGCGACUCCUCUCCCAUCUGAAUAAUUACGUGGCCGAAAUGGAGCCUUCACCUGUGGCCACUUCCCUCCUGCCUAUCCAGACGUGGCCGUGGUCCUUCCUACACAGCGCUGCUGGCCCCGUGCAAAUCCCCAGGAGGGAGGCUGCUCCCGCUCCGGUUGUUUUGACUGCAUCUUCCCUGGCUUACCCAAGCCCCGCUGUGAGGCCAGCCCCGCUUCGUCGUGUCCCCAGCGACAUGCUGCCAUCCCGCCGAAGCUUCCUGGCCAGCAGGAUGGCCUCUUCCAGCCGGAGGGCCCGAGGCGCAGGCUCGUCUGCAGCUGUAGCAGCCGUGCCUAGGAUGCCGUCGCCAGCAGGCGUAUUGAGAGAGGGCUCGUCCAAGAGCAGCCAAAUCGCAACGUUCCUCUUCUCACCAGCCUCCACCGGCAUCCCUGUUCCACCGGCUUACACGGCGCCACCCGCCUUGGGCGCUGCUGCGCAGGGACCCGGGAUCAGGGUUGGGACAUCCAGGAUCUGCCGCUCCUGGGCGACUGAAAUCGGGGCUUUCUGA